UGUUACAAACUGCCCAGAGGAGCCAUGGCUGCAGAGAGCCCCAUGGAAAGUCUCCAGGAGGAAGUGACAUGUCCCGUCUGUCUGGAGUAUUUCACAGAACCUGUCAGUCUGGAGUGUGGGCACCAUUUCUGCCAAGCCUGCAUCAGCCAGUGCUGGGAGGGAUCCGAUACAGCCGCCUCCUGCCCUCAGUGCAGAGAAACUGUGCAGCAGAGAAACCUCAGGCCCAACAGGAAGCUGGCAAACAUCGUAGAAAUCACCAUGCGACUGAGUUUACAAGCAGCAAAGGGAGCAGGAGGGGACGGGGUGUGCGGGGAACACCAAGAGGCUCUGAAACUGUUCUGUGAGGAGGAUCAAACCCCCAUCUGUGUGAUCUGCAGAGAGUCCCGGGCUCACCGCGCUCACAGGGUGGUUCCCAUACAGGAAGCUGCCCAGGAGUACAAGGAAAAAAUACAAGCCCAUUUGAAGACUCUGAGGGAAGAGAGAGAAAAGCUGCUGGGAUUUCAAGUGACUGGAGAGAAGAGAAGCCAGGAGUAUCUGAAACAGACAGAAACUGAGAGGCAAAAGAUUGUGUCUGAAUUUCAGCAACUCCAGCAGUUCCUGGAGGCACAAGAGCAACUCCUGCUGGCCCAGCUGGAGAAGCUGGACGAGGAGAUUGUGAAGAUACAAAGUGAAAAUAUCACCAAACUCUCCGAGGAAGUUUCCUGUCUCAGUGAGUUGAUCAGUGAGCUGGAGGGCAAGUGUCAGAAGCCAGCAAGUGAAUGCCUGCAGGAUGUCAAAAGCAUCGUAAGCAGGUGUGAGAAGAGGAAGUUCCAGCAGCCAGAGGAGAUUUCUCCUGAACUGAAAGAGCAAGUCAGCGAUUUCUCCCAGAAAACUAUUGUGCUAUCGGCGACUCUGAGGAAAUGCAAAGACACUCUGCUGGAGACACAAAUUGGGAAACCCCUAGGAGCACACAGACAGGUGAAUGUGACUCUGGAUCCAGACACGGCUCAUCCCAACCUCGUCCUGUCGGAGGAUCGGAAACGUGUGAGACAGGGAAACACGUGGCAGCAACUGCCCAACCACCCUGAGAGAUUUGACUCAUGGGGCUGUGUGCUGGGCUGUGAGGGAUUCACCUCGGGGAGACAUUGCUGGGAGGUGGAGGUGGGGGCUGGGGGAUACUGGGCUGUGGGGGUGGCCAGAGAGUCUGUGAGGAGGAAGGGAUGGAUCAGCCGUAGCCCUAAGGGGGGGAUCUGGGCUGUGGGGUGCUGGGGGGAUCAGUUCCAGGCUCUCACCUCCCCUGUGACCCCCCUGCCCCUGAGCCGGGCCCCCAGCAGGAUCCGGGUUUGUCUGGACUGUGACCGGGGGCAGGUGACAUUUAUCGAUGCUGGUGACGAGGCCCCGAUCUUCACUUUCCCGCCGGGCUCCGUCCCUGGGGGGAGAAUCCGACCCUGGUUCUGGGCAGGGGGAUCCUGGCUCCGACUGUGUCCCUGAGACACGCAGCAGAGGGGGAACCGGAAAUCAGCCUCUCUAGCCUCACGCCCCCCAGUCUCUAUGACCUUGGAGGACUCCCAUCUACCCAGCCCCUUUCUCCUCAUCUCUAUGGCCCCUGGAAGCACCUCCCCCUCCCUCUCUGCAGCCUCAGGCAUGGGGGGAGGAGGGGGAAGAACCCCUGGGGCUGCAGGAGGGGCCCUGAGGGGAAGAGGUGGGGGCUGGGCAGGGGGUAGCACUAACAGCCGGGCAGGGGACAGGCGGAGGUGGGGGUGGCAGGGACACAGCAUGAAUCAAUCAGGGUUGGGGGGUUGGGGAGAAGCAGCAGCAGCAGGGAGCGGUUUGUACAGAUCUGUGGGAUUAGAUCUCACUGGGGUCUCCCAGCCAGAGCUCCUGCCGCAGGGACCCAAGUCACUUCAGGACAACUGGUAACAGUGUAAUGGUCACACACAUGCGGGGGGGGGGGGGUUAUGGGUAAGGGGUGCGGAUUGAUG